AUGUCAAUCAAGAACCCCCACAAUGUCAUCAGUGCGUACUUCAUCGGACCCAAGUCCGAGAAUAUGCCUGAAUUCCGGGCCAACAUCACUGCAAUUUUGGACAAGAUUGAGGAGGCACGGUCUCGGUACCAGCCUGAUGAUGGGGUCUUUAUCAGUGAAGAUGUUCGAAAGUCCCCGGAGUUCCUGCGAAUUACCGGCAACUUUCAACAAGCAGUAAUCAAAGCUGCAGAGCUUCUGGGAGAGCAUUCCAUCCCAUUCUGGCAUCCUCGUUAUCAGGGCCAUAUGUGCACAGACAUGACUAUGGCGGGGCUGCUUGGAUAUUUCAUGACGAUGAUUUACAACCCCAACAAUGUCACCGUUGAGGCGAGUCCUUUUACCACUGUCAUCGAGCUCAAGGCUGGGAAGCAACUUUGCGAGAUGUUCGGGUUUAACGCUGAUUCCAACAACACGGACUUGCCGCUCUCCUGGGGCCAUAUUACUUGUGACGGGACCGUGGCUAACUUGGAGUCUAUCUGGGUUGCUCGCAAUUUGAAGUUCUAUCCUCUCACUCUAUUCCAAGCGAUGGACGAGGGUACACUUGGUUUCAUUGCCAACACCUUCUUUGUUACCACCUGCACUGGUGAAGAGAAGCUUUUCAAAGACCUUGAUCAAUGGGAGCUUCUGAAUCUUCGAUCUGAAGUCAUUCUCAAUCUGGGCGACGCCUUAUACAACCAGUUUGGCAUCACGCCAGAGUACCUGGAGGAUGCCCUGAAGCCCUUCAACAUUCAGACCACGGGGAAGGAUGCUUUGGAACGGCAUUUCAAUGUUACGAAGCCUACCAAAUAUUUCGUAUCCCAAACCCGGCACUACUCUUGGCCGAAGGGUGCAGCAAUUACCGGGAUUGGCUCAAGCAACAUGGAGGGCGUGGAGCUGGACAUCGACGGGCAUGUUUGCAUCGAAGCACUGGAGCGAGAGCUCAAUCGAUGUCUGACCGAACGCCAGGCCGUAUAUGCCGUGGUCGCCGUCAUUGGAUCCACAGAAGAAGGCGAGGUGGACCCCUUGUUUGACAUUCUGGAAAUGCGACGUCGAUUCCAAGACAAGGGGCUGUCAUUCCUAGUGCAUGCUGAUGCGGCCUGGGGUGGAUAUUUUGCCAGUAUGCUCCCACGAGCUGUCAUGCAGCCAGGUAUGCCCUUGAAAGAUGGAGAUGGGCAGCACGCCAUUGAACUUGUGCCCUCGCUCCCUUUGAAAACCGAAACCUUGAAACAUAUGAUUGCUCUCAAAGAGGCGGACUCUAUCACGGUUGACCCACAUAAGGCAGGCUAUGUCCCAUACCCGGCAGGAAGUCUCUGCUAUCGGGAUGGCCGCAUGCGGUUCUUGGUCACAUGGACUAGUCCAUACCUGACUCAAGGCUCGACAGAGAAUAUCGGCGUGUAUGGAGUCGAGGGAAGUAAGCCUGGUGCUGCUGCGAUGGCUGCUUGGCUCUCUAAUCAGACCAUUGGGCUGGAUCCGACGGGAUACGGAGUGCUGUUGGGAGAAGCAGCCUUCACCAGUGCACGGCUAUCGGCUUAUUAUGCUGCCCUUCAUUUGAGACAGCCAAAGGAUUCCAGGGGACACCGUCGCUACAUCAUCAUUCCCUUUAACAGAUUGCGAAUGGAGAAACAGGGAUUCAACAUCCUGUCACCGGAAGUAGACGUUGGGCGCGAGUUGAUUUGGGAUUUCAUUCUCCAAAAGACUAAUGAGCAAGUCAGUAAGAUUCCAGAGGCAAUGGCGUGGCUGCGGGAGAUCGGGUCCGAUCUUAACAUCAACGCUUUCGCGUUGAACUGGUACCACGAAGACGGGACACUCAACACAGACCUCGAGGAGGCAAAUUAUCUGACGCAACAAGUUGUCAAUAAACUGUCAAUCACUAGCAGUACCGAAGCACCUAACAAGCUCCCUCUGUUUUUGACGUCCACGCAGUUUGAGCCCGCGUCCUACGGCAAUUGUGCCCAGAACUUCAUGAAGCGACUGGGCCUCACUCCUUGUGCGCAAGACUUAUGGGUGUUACGCAAUGUGGUUAUGAGUCCGUUCCCAACAGAAAGGGGCUUCAUCGAUGAGCUCAUGAAGACCUUUGAGCAAACCAUAAUUGACGAAGUUGACAAUUCUUGUCGACCGCGCAACAGUCACACGGCAAACAAAAUCGAGUUCCUCCUCCGAGGAACCGACACGGUGUUCUUAGAGUUCCGGACGAGAUUCCAUCGCGCAACUCAGCGUCAACAGAUCAUUCUGGCUGUGGAACUAGACGAUGAUGUUAAGAGGAAGUACAUCGCGAUGCGAGAGAAGAACCCUGACCAAGACAUCGGUUUCAUUUCGAAUGACCCAGAAAACCUCGAAAAAUUGAUUCUUGCGAUUUCGGAGCAACCCCAUCCAGCUGUCAAGGGUGAAAUCGGUAUCAUCGCAGAAGAGUAUAUGAGCCCGAUCCCAUGCACUGUAACGAUGAGUCGUGUAGUGAAGAGUUCCGGAUUGAAUUCUAUGUACCGAGACGAUCAUUAUCCUCGUCACUUCAUGCCGUUUUAUCUCUUCGGCUCCAAGGAACAACAUCACAUCGAGCACAUGCUUCUCCAGGCACCAAACAUCAAUCUCUCAUCCAGCAUCAGUCUUGACGAGAAACUCCACGAUGAAGUUGGAUCCCGGCUAGCAGAUAAGGAGCUCCUCAUUCUUGCAUUGACCGACUACCGGGAGCAAACAAUGCAGCCAUUCCCUCUUGUCAAUGAUGUGAAGCCAAUUAAUAGCGCGGAAUUUUUCUUCCGAAGUGGUCGAUCCUUCGAAGUGGAGGUGUAUACUGAUCCCAAAAAAGCCACUGCCAACGGGCCCGGGCUGUUGGAUGGGUUGGGUGCGCCUAUUGGAAAAGGCCGGAUGACCCUGGGACAGGACGUACAUGUGGAUGUGGAGGAACUGAACAAGGAUCCAUUCUCCGGCACCGGGCCACCUGAUAUUCCAUGGGAGGCUCAGCUGGACCAGAUAACCGACGUGUUGAAUACCAAAUCGCACUAA